AUGCUGGAGGGGCAAAGGAGUCUGGUGGGAUUAUUUUCGCCGCCAGCAAAGCGUGUUCCUGUGACGGAAAAGAGCGGGGAGCACCAGCGCGUGGUGGCCUUCCUGAGAGGAAUCCCUCAGGACGUCCUGGCCAAGGCCUCGCUGAGGUCCAAAGCAUACACUCGGGCCCUCAUGCACUUUGAAGCAUACAUCUUAGAAAACAAAGAGAACAUUCAGGAUCACCUCACCUUCCUGCAGACCCUGUACGCUGCGAUGCACGAGCCGGACGGGGUGAGGGGGGUCAACGCCCUGAGGAGGGAGGAGCCGUCGCUACGGGAACAGAUUCUGGAGCACGAGAGCAUCGGCCUGCUGAGAGACGCGACCGCCUGCUAUGACCGGGCCAUUCAGCUGGAGUCAGACCAGAUUGGUCACUAUCACGGGGUCAUGACCUCCAUGCUCGGCCUUGGACAGCUGUCAACAGUCAUCACUCAGGUCAAUGGAGUCCUGGCAAACAAGCACCAGUGGAAGUCGGAGCUGAACACCUACAGAGUGGAGGCGGCCUGGAAGCUCGGGAAAUGGGACCUGCUGGAAGAUUAUCUGAGUUCAGGUAAUGAAACGCACAGAUUGUUCCUGGAAGCUACAACAUAG